UCCAGCUCACACCCUGGCCGGGGGCAGGGAUGGGGCAGGUGGGGAAGGCUCCUGCUUGAGCAAUUGCAUCAGGCCCAGGCUGAGCAUAAAGGAGGGUCCUGUGGGCUGGGAGGAGGCAGACUCGGGGACCAUGGAGACCCAGAGGGCCAGCCUCUCCCUGGGCCGCUGGCCACUGUGGCUACUGCUGCUGGGACUAGCGGUGCCUUGGGCCAGCGCCCAGGCCCUGAGCUAUAGGGAGGCGGUGCUUCGAGCUGUGGAUUGCCUCAAUGAGCAGUCCUCAGACCCCAAUCUCUACCGCCUCCUGGAGCUGGACCUGCCGCCCAAGGCUGACGAGAACCCAGAUGCCCCAAAGCCUGUGAGCUUCACGGUGAAGGAGACCGUGUGUCCCAGGAGGACACAGCAGCCAACGGAGCAGUGUGCCUUCAAGGAGAAUGGGCUGGUGAAACAGUGUGUGGGGACAGUCACUCUGGACCAGUCCAAGGACCAAAAGGACAUCACCUGUGAUAAGGCCCGGAGAUUUCGCCCGCUACCCUUUCUACCGCCGAGGAUACCACGGCAGAGGUUCCCUGCGCCAAAUUUCCCUCCGCCAAAUUUCCCUCCUCCUGAGUUUCCUCUGCCAAAUUUCCCUCCGCCAAAUUUCCCUCCUCCUGAGUUUCCUCUGCCAAAUUUCCCUCUGCCAAAUUUCCCUCCGCCAAAUUUCCCUCCUCCUCAGUUUCCUCCGCCAAAUUUCCCUCCUCCUCGGUUUCCUCCGCCAAAUUUCCCUCCGCCAAAUUUCCCUCCUCCUGAGUUUCCUCUGCCAAAUUUCCCUCCACCAAAUUUCCCUCCUCCUGAGUUUCCUCUGCCAAAUUUCCCCCCUCCCAUCUAAUUACCCCUGCCAAAUUUGCAUUCCCAUUCAGCCCGCCAAGAUUUGCUACAAGAAGGUGAAAGAUUUACAGAUAACUCCUGUAU